UUUGUUCUGAUUACGUAUCGGUAGGCUUACCUAGGAUGCUUUGCGCGCUUAGUUUUCUCUUUUCUAAAAACCUCGUGUACAUUAUGAAAGCGAGUGGUCAGGUAAUAAAAUUGCCUAUUUUCUUGCCAUUUUGUAAGCUUGUUUUAGUUUCCCAAUGUAAAAUAUGAAAAUCGAACCAUUUUUCUGUCGGUUAGAGCUUGUCUCGGCCCGAAAUUAAAUGUUUUUCAUGGGGCUUUUAACAAACAAAUCUGACCGAUUUUCAAACAUGGCGGCCGUUUUUGGGCUAAAUUGUGUUGUAUACCUUCGCUAAAGUGCAGAGAAAAUUGUGCUCUUUUGUGUGAUCGAGCCGUAGUACUGGUUUGGCCGAUUUUGUUUAGAAAAGUAAAAAUUGCACUGAAAAUCUGAAAUAUAAAAUCAUUCAAUAACCAAGCCUUUCCAAUAGUUUCAUAUAUAAAAUAGUUGAUAAAUUUAUACCAGUUUACUUUUGGUCAAGACCAACUUGUGUGGUUUGUUUUCACAGAUAUGUUAGACAAGGUAUCGUAAUAUAUCAGUAAUGAUUUUACUUUGUCUAACACAAGACGGUUUUACUCGUCAAGGGGAGAAUUUUGUGCACCAAUGGGUUGACAGGGGUACAUGUUUGACAAUGAACUUAGGCACAAUCUAAGGUAAGUUAAUCACUUGCUCAGAGCCUAAAAUAACGUUCAAAUAUUUUGUGCGAAUAUCAAUAGUAUAUUUUUUGUUACUUAGGACUACUUUUUAAGAAGUUGCUUUUUGGAAAUUUUGAGAAAAAUUUUGAAAAUAAACUUUCCAAACUGGUAUGGGUAUCUCCCACAAAUAUUGAUGCUUUACAAAUUUCUAAUAAAGGUACCUUUUUGUUCACUUUUAUAGUUGAAACAGUACAAGGUCGUUGGGCGACAUCUCCCAACGGCAAAGCUGCCCAACCCACCAUUGUAUCGUAUGAACAUCUUUGCACCAGAUGAAGUGACUGCAAAGUCCAGAUUUUGGUACUUCAUGGCGAAGUUAAAAAAAGUAAAGAAAAGUAACGGAGAGGUUCUGUCUAUCAGUGAGGUAUUGUUCUACCAAAAAUGAAGUUUUGUUGUUUGCAUCAAAAGAUAAAACAACUUAGGCCAUAUAAAAAGAAAAAAAUUGUUAGCGUCCUUAGCUUUUGCCAAAAAGUGGGUGGGCGGGCGCUUUUAAUUUUUACUAAUUUUUAACGCCUUGGUUUUACUCACUGUUAGGUCCGAAACUGGAUUUUCUUGCGCAGUACAUAUAUUUUUUUAUAUAUUUCAAAAUAUAAUUCAUACCGUCAUAUUCGCACGCAAUUUCGCAAAUUACUAACACAAUUGACUGCAGUCAACAGAAAUACUACAUAUAUUAGAGCCUGUUGAUCAAUAAAAGUCGGGUUUUUUAAAAAUAAAAAAAAAUCCUGAGCUGGGCCUUUUUUGUGGGCGGGUGGGGACGCUAACCAACUAUUUUUUUUAUGUGGCCUUAUUCUAGUGUGAGGCAGUUGAUUGACAAACCAGAAAAACCCAAUGUUGCUUCAGAUAGGGAAAAGUACAAAACUCUUACAAAAUGGCACCAUCAAAAUCACAGUGCUAGUUCAACAUUUUCUGAUAGGCUCGGGUUGUUUACCGUUUUGUUUUUUUCGGUGUUAUUUUCAAACCGGUUUUUACGGUUUAGCUUUUACAAAACAAAGUGGCUAUUCGUACUGGGAUAUGGCACCUGAUUCUUACAUUACAUAAAGUAGCAAUAUAAAAUAGUUUUUUGCAAUAGGUUUUAGCGAGCUUGUCGCUAGCGUAAUCGGCAAAGGCGUUGCGUGUGUGCAAAGUGAAACGAGGUCGGGUCCGGGUUUAAUUUUAGCCGUCGGUUUUCUGUUGACUUAGAAAUUUUUCUUAAAAUAUUUUUAAUUUCCCCCCCACUUUUUUAACCCUGAAAUAGUUUAUUAGACCUUUAUUGGUUAGGGUUAGAGAAGGGAUUGGAGUCAGGUUUAUCUUAAAUAUUACGACUGCAGUACGAAUAGCAAAUCAAACUCGGCGUACUGUUCCAGUACGAAUAGUCAUGGCGUUUACAAAAACUGGAAAACCGUCAUUACGGAAUUGUUUGCUGUCAUCGCACAAAACUCGAUCUUAAUUCUCAAAACAUGACACUAAUUAAUUAAACUCAAUUAUAUGACACUAGAUACAAAUUAUAUUCUUUUCCUGUAAAGUCGGUAAGAAAUAAAGAGGUAUAAAUUUUCAAAUGCGUUCUUGACCCUUUUAUUUUAAAACUGCAGUCAUUUUGGGUUACCUUUACACAAUUAUGCAUUUUGUCGUGUACCGUUUGUUUGCUUAUGUAAAAAAAUACAUACCACAAUUCCUCCUCAUUCAGUUGAAGUAAAAAAGGGAAAAAACAGUUUUACCAGUUUAGAAUCAGACGGUUUUUCGCGCUCAAGCCUAUUUUCUGAUGAAACUUUAAAACCAUGACAAAAUAGCACACCUGAUUGGCGGUACUACACAUUGGUACUGUUGUUUUUAAAACUAAAGUCUUGAAUGUGUACUUCAGAUGGUUCUCAGACGGUUUUCAGUUUUUACCUUGAAAGUGAAACUUCAAAUAUUUUGUAGUGCUUUUUUGAUGUUUCAUUUAGAUCAGCCAUUCAGUAUCAGAUAUUGAAAUGUUCUUGACAAACAUGGCGUUGGCAAUGUUCCUAUCCGUCAUGAUUUAUCAUUUAUAUUAUAUAGCAAUUUGACAAGAGUCCACUGAAGAUCAAGAAUUUUGGUAUAUGGUUGAGGUAUGACUCACGAAGUGGGUCACAUAAUAUGUAUCGCGAGUACCGUGCCAUGUCGGUCACGGAGGCUGUCACGUCGUGUUGUAAGUUUCUCGAUAAUUUAUGUUCAAAAUAGAAUAAAGCAGAUCUAAACACUUCUGCCGACUAUUUUCAACAACAAUGCUUGCCAAGCAAAUCAUAUUUCAUGUAAUAUAACUAUCAUCAUAAAAUUUGCAAUGUGAUUUCUAACUGUAAAAAUUUUUGUGUGUAUCUCAUUAAGUACAAAAAAAACGGUAGUCGCUCCAAAAACUGUAAACAUUAAAAAGAUUUCAAAAAUGUAGAAUGAACUCUUUUCAAAAUGACAAGCACAUGACUGUUAUGUGUUAGGUUUGAAAAUUAUUCAAAUCGUUAAAUUUUUCCCUUUUCAUUGAGUAGAUGUUUGACUGGGUAGCUAAAAAUUUAGAGCCAUGUUCUUUUUUAAAAAGUUGCACAUCAUUUUUUCUCAACUAAUUCAAACCCUGUCUACAUGAAUUUUCUUUUAGACCGUGAUAUGGCAGCAAGACACAGGGCAAGGUCAACUGUCAUUCAAAUAUUGAAAGUUGAAGUUAUCCCUGCAGCAAAGUGCCGCAGGCCCCACAUGAAGCAGUUAUUCGUAAGUACAGAGUUAGACUUGGAUCAAGUCCGUCUCUCUAGAGUCCGAGUCACGAAACGACGAGAUUGAGCGCGCCUCAAAGCAGAGGGGGAGAAACGGACUUGGCUCAUCUGCAAUGUUUCGAAUCAGAUUUAUUAUUUGGGUGGGAAUUAUGUUAAUAGACAGGUGUUAUUAAUUUAGCUGUUUUAUUACAAAUACAGAAACCCGCAAGUGUCAGGGCAAAAUUAUUAAAAUACCAGUCGCGAUUGAAACAAAAUAGUCUAGCAUUAGUCUGGUAUUAUUUUGUUAAUACCCAAUUAAUUAGUAUUUUGUGAUUGCUAAUCUUUGAUUAUUCAAACUUGGAAUAUUGCAAGUAUAGGGCAGAGUUGCAUACCUUAUUUAGUGGUAUCAACCUACUUUGAGUACUUGCUAGAGUAAAUAUGCAGCAUGUCUGCCGCUUAGACCUUUGUUGUUUGGUCUAAGUUUUGUAUUUGUUGCAAAUAGUUAUUCACUUAGUGCAUAAAUAAUGGCACCUUAUACUUAAACAUGCGGUACAGUCCGAUAUGCGCAUGUGUACAAAGGAGCCCUCUUUUUAUUUACAAACAGUUUAUUUAGGUUUUUAUUUCAUUUUAUGUUCUUGUAAAGCUUGAUUGUUGUCUGUUAAUAUAAUUCAUUCUACUCUAGAAUCAUGAAAAUAUAAAUACUUGUCGAAUAAAAUUCAAUAUUUUGCAUACUGAAAUGUAAACAAAAAAGCCUUUGUUUACAUACGGACUGUACCGCAUCUUUAAACAGUGUGUCGCUUAUUUUGCAGUUGUGGUUUGUGUGUAACUCACUGAUCGUUUUCCAACAAUUAUUUAUUUUAGAAUUCAAAGAUCCGCUUCCCUCUUCCACACAGAGUCAUGAAAUCACAGUUUAAAUCAAAAUUUGUUGCAAAGAGACCAAACACAUUCUACUAAAUUCUAAAGUAGAUAUGAAAUAAAAUA